AUGGAGUUGAGUUUGGAGAUAGCGCGUUUGGUGAUCGAUAGUCGUGAAAAUUCGAAAUGUAGCGAACAAAUGUUUCAAAAAGCUCGUGAAAUUAUUGAGACUGGCUCUCUGCUUUCCAUACAUACGUUCAUCGUACAUCGACAGUGCUGUUUGAAAUUCUCUCCUUGCACAGGCGUUGUUUUACUUGAAGAAUGGACGAUUAAAAUUGUUCCAAGAGAAAGCACGGAUGAUAAGGCGUUGGAUAGUUUGUUCUUGAAAAACGCAAUACGAUCUUACUUGCAUUUUUCUCAACUUAGCUCUGGGGUAACAUGUACUGGAGAACAGCUAUCAAAUGAUGCAAUUUGUAAAUAUAGGGUUUUUGUAGAUGAUGUAUGUUUGGAUGAUCAGCUAAGGAUUUUCGAAGUUCAUGAAUUCCCUCGUGGACAACUUAAUCCUUUACUUUGUGUUUACGUAGCCGUCAAAUGGAGAAAAUGUGAUGAUUCAUCUUAUUUGUCAUCAUAUUCUGAAUCCACUAGAUUAUUUUGUGACGAGUGGCCAUUGUUCUCGACGGCAUUCUCUAGGGAGGAAGAUUUUACUGCAUCACCAUCUGGAAUUUCCUUUUUUCACGUACCAAUUGAAUGCCAACAAAACAAUGAGGAGAAAAAAAUGAAAUCUGAAGACGUUGGAAAUGGUAGUGUAGCUACAUUUAAAACUUCUUAUGACCUCAAAAUUAUAUCCUGUGAACAGUUGCUAAUUAAAGACAAUUGCAAUUCUCAAUUUUUCAAUUUUCGAAGAGAUAUAAAAGAAAAAAUGCUAUUGAGAAAUGAACAGAUUGUUAAGUUACCUGUUGUUGGAAGUCUGCUGUCAUCAUCAGCAUCUUCAACAGAGACUGGAUCUUUAUUGCAAGCAGUUCCGACGUCGCCUGCCUCACGUCGAGAAACUCUACCGCGCCGAAGUCUUAUGGCCUCCGCAUUUCGUUUCAUGUCAACAGCAUCUAAAGCCUUCUCCAAAACGACAGGUCUGCCUCUAAAUUCUAGUCCUGCACCGUUCAACCGCAGUGAGACGAAAGGUGUCAAAGACCAGCUAGUAAAAAGUUCCAGAGAUAAGAUCGCCAAGAAAACAGCUAAAGAAGGAACGAGAACUCAUAUUUUGCGGAAUGUGUCGACGAAUGAAAAAGACAAUAAUUCAAAUUACUGUGGAGGUGGUUGUACCAGGAGAAGCAUAUCUUCAAGCAGUGGCUUGUUGUGCAACUUUGAGGAAAGCGCACUGAACGGCCGCUUAGAUCUGGUCAUGUCCUUAGACGGUUUUCAUUUGCAAAUUGCAGCAAGCGAUGAAACUUGUUCACCCCAUCUUACAUUGCCAGUUACAACUUUCUUUUUCAACAUGCCUGAAGAUGAAGCGCCUUUACCUUAUAUGGGUUUUUGUUCAUUGGAAAACAUGCGAAAAGGUUACAGAAUUCCCAGAAAGGGUAUUUUACAAGCGGUGUUGUUCAACCCUCAAGGUACUGUUGUACGGAUGUUUGUAGUCAAAUUUGACGUCAGCGAUAUGCCUCCUUCUUCACAAACCUUUUUGCGACAACGUACAUUUUUCAUGCCGGUAGGAUGCACGUAUGAUGGUGUAAUCCGUUCUUGGCUUAAAUAUUUAAUCCAUCUAAGCUUGGCAACAGAUCGUCGUGGUAGAUUGUAUGUUCACACCGAUAUAAAGAUGUUAUUUUCACAGAAAAAUGAACUGGAAACGUUGAAUUUUGAAUUGGGAAAAGAUAUGAUUAAAUACCAACUGCAGUCUUUCACGGAAAUGCCUCGAAAUCCGAAAUAUUCACCUCGCAAGUGA